AUGCGAUGGUUACGAUUUCAGUUAAAUGUGUUUUGUUUGGAAGUCAUUAAUCUUGCUGCAUCGAUGUUGGAUGUAACUACAUUGUGUCAGGCGUGGAACUUUUUGGUCUUUGAAAUGUUUGUUUCUGCUCAUUUCAGGCUUCAACACUUUGAUUUUGUUCGGACAGCUGACCUUCAUCGGAUUGGUUUGAGCGCCCCCGCCAUAGGACGCAUUAAGGAAGCCAUCAAAAUUCAUCGUGAAAAUGCUGGAUUGCCUCGGAACCCGCGCAAAAAGCAUCAUUAUGGACUUUCCUUCGGCAUUCCUCUCCUAGAUCUUGAUGUGAAUUUGCAUAAAGAAAACAACGGCCAUUUAGGAUCAGGUUCUUUCGGUGUAGUUCGAAGGGGUGACUGGAAAACGCCCACUGGAAAAACGAUCCCAGUAGCGCUGAAGAUCCUUCGUCACGAUGCUGCAAAUUUUUUCUCUACUGUUUUAUCGGAGGUGAUGCUUAUGCAGUCGGUCUCGCAUCCCAAUCUCGUUCGCAUCUAUGGAAUCAUUCCUCUCAAUCCACUCGUUAUUGUUACAGAACUGGCUCCGUUGGGAAGUCUACUCACGGCUUUGCGAGCGCAUUCACGUCACGUUCUUUGGGACAUAGGAAUUCAGCUGGCACGUGGAAUGGCCCAUCUAGCCGCCUGUCAUCUCAUCCAUCGCGAUUUGGCGGCUCGGAAUGUCCUGCUUUUUAGUGCUCCAUCUGAUGUGGUUGUAAAAAUUGGAGACUUUGGACUGCUUCGAAGAGUGCCUGGAUGUGUAUAUGUUGGUAUUGGGAAACAGAAGAUUCCCUUUGCUUGGUCACCACCCGAGGCGAUCUGCGGUCGUUGUUUUUCUCAGGCGUCCGACGUAUGGAGUUGGGGUGUGACCGUGUGGGAGGUAUGGACUGGGGGCGCGGAGCCCUGGCCCGGUCUCUCUUCCGAUGCCGUAUUAGCUGAGCUGAAGGCUGCGCACCGAUUAACCUGGCCUCGAACCACCUGUCCUCGACGACUUUAUCAGCUCUUGCUGGCAGCGUGGCGAUAUGAUCCUGCGCAUCGGCCAUCAUUUGAGUACCUAGUGGGGCGGCUGGAUAAGGUUUGUUCAGUUAUUUGUAAUUUUUGCACAAAUGGGAUGCUUUUUACAACGAACUUUUGGACUCUGGUCAAUGACAUUUGCCAUAAUUGCACAACAAUGGUUGCUUUUUGCCUAUAUUUUUCCUUCCGUUUGCACCUUGAUAGCUUACGCUUCGACAAUGUAAUUGCCAGGCCUCCAGUGGCCUGUUGA